AUGAUGUUUAUGAUAGUUUUAUUCUUUUUUUCAUCAGUGGUAUUUGUAUCGCCAUCUCCAAUUUUUAAGAAAGGAUUUGCGCGACCAUAUCCAGUUAUACAACCAUAUCCGGUAUUUCAACCAUAUCCCGUUUAUCAUCCUUAUCCAGUGGGGGUACCAGUAUAUCCAUCUUACCCAUAUCCAGGCUUUGGUUACGGAGGAUAUGGUGGAGCUAGCAGUUACAGUUCAUCUCAAAGUUUCGGAUUCUUCCACGGAUAAUAUUUGCGCGGUAACAUUUUAGUUGGACAUUAUGAGAUUAUCAUAACAUUCUUGAAACAAGUUAGGUGUUAUAAGUCACAAUAAAU